AUGCUGUUCCCGUCCUUUGCCAUUCUUGCUGCGGCAAGCAGCCUGCUGUCAUUUGCGACAGCGCACAACAUCCAAAUGAAGGCUCAUCAGCGCGAAUGCUUCCACGAAUCUCUCCACAAAGAUGACAAGAUGACGGUCACCUUCCAAGUCGGCGACCGGGAGUUUGGAGGCAGUGGAAACCUUGAAAUCGACUUCUGGAUCGAGACGCCCUCUCGAAGUUACCAGGUCCACGAACGCGGCGUAUCCUCUGGCGACCACUCCUUCGAUGCGAAAGAGGAUGGCAAAUACACGUACUGCUUCAACAACGAGCACUGGGGCGCGAACACAAAAGAGGUCUCAUUCAAUGUGCACGGCAUUGUCUACGUUCCCGAAUCCGAGGCGCCACAAGAUCCUUUGGAGAAAGAGGUGCGAACCAUGUCGGAACUCGUCGCGCAAGUCAAGGACGAGCAGGGCUACAUCAUCGUGCGCGAGCGCGUACACAGGAACACUGCCGAGAGCACCAAUGCGCGCAUCAAGUGGUGGAGCAUCUUCCAGCUCAUGGUACUGGUUGGCCAGGGUUUCUUCCAAGUGUGGUGGCUGAAACGUUUCUUUGAGAACCUCAUUGGCGCUGCCUUUGGCAACCACUUGCAAUACAAGACUUCCGCCAGUGGUUCCAUCCCAACUCCCCUUUCUCUUGAUUCGGAAACCAUCCACCGGCCGCAGCAUAGAUACAACGUGCCCAUGCCGCGUUGGACGGACGGGGAGCGACCGCCUACUCCGCCUUUUCACCACCAAAACGAUUUCCCCCAAUACCAUGGCCAAUGGAAUACCUCACUGUCUAUGCGAAGUCCUCCAGAUCACUCUCCGCUACCGGAGACCCAGGCAAACUACACGUCCCCGUAUGGCAUAUACACACCAGCACAUGAUCGACUCACAGGACGACCCGAUUUCCAAAGUGCCUCACCACGCCAGCACAAUAUCCAACCUCCCCACCUACAUCCAUCCGCGAACCUGUUACACUCUUCACCCCAACAACAGAUCACUUACCUGAAGCCGACUCUUAAAGCGCCCUCUAUUCAGCAGUGGCCAACUCACAACCUGGCAUCCCACAAUUCAAAGGUCGAUGCAGCAACAAAGAAGAAGCAGGACGAAUACAGGCGAAAGGGCGAAGCAGCGAGGAGGAAGACGAUAUCAUCCCAAAAUUCAGCGCCGCAGUAUGCUCCAAUCCCUGAACUUGCAUCAACCACCCGUCGUAAACGUAAAGUCGGGAUCCUCGAUGAUCUGGUCACGCCUACCCCAGCUCCGCAUCAUCGCUCUCUGCAUCCGUCCAUGGACUGGAUCGGGCAGGAGCAGUAUCACACAUCAAUCCCAUCAUCUCAUCACCCGCAUUCUGCGGGCGUAUUUGAUGCACAACUCCCUCUGUAUCCGUCUCAGCAUCCACCACAUACACCCACGCCACUUUCGCCGUCAUCCCUCGACAUUAUCGACCUUGAGACUAUACCUCAACACAUCACUCGUAACUACGAUGAGUACAGAUGGCCAGUCAAGCUCUACCAACUGCAAGCCGAAAGAGACUUUGAUUUUGCUGAGUGCUUCUUAGAAAACCACUUCCAGAAAAACAUCUACGAUUCGGAUGAGCAUAAGUGGCACGCUCAUACAACUAAGGGUUUCAUCAAGGAUGGUGAUAGACUGUCUAUUCUGGUCCUACAUAAUGCAGCAAAUCCGUUCGAGUGGGGCAUGUCACCAGUAUCGACUACCAGUAUCGGUGUAUAUGGAUUGUAUGCCCAUGAGCAUAACGAGAUCCAUUGGACCACUAUCACGCCCAGUAUUCCGGAAUGGUUCGACUUAUGCUCAGAUCAUGGCUGCCUCACUGUCAAGCAAAAAUGGCAUCCCGACAUGAAGGCUUCGGAGAAACGCUUCCAUCGCGCAUAUUGGCUCGCAGCUAACAUGUUGCCGCUUAACCGCAUAUUGAACAACAGCCUGGUGCCCGAAAGGCCACACGGCUUACUCGAAGACGACGAAGGCGACAGCUUCGUAGUUACAGAGGAGGACCUACAAUACAAGUGGACUGAAGGAACAGUAACAGUAGAGAAUUCAGAGAAGAUCUGGCAGAAGCUUGUCGAUGAAGUGGAUGCGCUGAGUUUGGAAUCGCUCGACUUUGAGCAUCUUGCUACUGGUGGAUCUGAGAGGGCCUUUGUGGUUGAUUGA